AUGUCAGAAAAUGUGAGAGCAACAUGUAUGCAUAUAGCUAUAUCACUGAUCUACCAGCUGGAACACGGGCAGGAGCUGUGGAUGGUGAAGAGAGACCUCUCCGGAAGCACCUGUCCAGGUGACAAAGGAAAACCCAAGACCAGAGAAUCUACCACUUCUGAGCCAUCCGUUGAGGGAGCCUCAGUCCAGGAACACCUAACACACAGAGUUUCAGAGGAGUCCCAGUUGGGCCAGAUCAAUGAUCCAGAAGAGCCGUUGGAAAGGCCUGAAGGACACUCGAGACCAGAGACACAACCCCAGGAGGGGAAGCUCCCUGGGAAGCCAAGCUGUGAACACGGCAGCUUAGGGACAGCUGGUGGUGUGUGUUCAGGGGUCAUAGAGGAGCCAGUCCCUCCAGGGGGUGCUGUCCAUGACCGUGACGCCGGUGGAUCAGAUAAAGGUCCUCUGAUUCAGGACGAGGAAAGUCUCUUCAAAUGCAAUGAGUGCGGGAAAGUUUUUAACAAGAAACGCCUCCUUGCGCGACAUGAGCGGAUUCACUCUGGAGUGAAGCCCUAUGAAUGCACAGAGUGUGGGAAAACGUUCAGUAAGAGCACUUAUCUCCUGCAGCACCACAUGGUCCACAGCGGGGAGAAGCCCUAUAAGUGCAUGGAGUGCGGCAAGGCCUUCAACCGCAAGUCACACCUGACGCAGCACCAGCGGAUUCACAGUGGGGAGAAGCCCUACAAGUGCAGUGAGUGUGGAAAGGCCUUCACCCACCGCUCCACUUUUGUUUUGCAUAACAGGAGCCACACUGGAGAAAAACCCUUUGUGUGCAAGGAAUGCGGAAAAGCCUUCCGAGAUAGGCCGGGUUUCAUUCGCCACUACAUCAUCCACAGUGGCGAGAAUCCAUAUGAGUGCUUCGAGUGUGGCAAGGUGUUCAAACACAGGUCAUACCUCAUGUGGCACCAGCAGACCCACACUGGGGAGAAGCCCUACGAGUGCAGCGAAUGUGGGAAAGCCUUCUGUGAGAGCGCAGCCCUCAUUCACCACUAUGUCAUCCACACCGGGGAGAAGCCCUUCGAGUGCCUCGAGUGUGGCAAGGCCUUCAACCACAGGUCAUACCUCAAGCGGCACCAGCGGAUCCACACUGGGGAGAAGCCCUAUGUGUGCACUGAGUGUGGAAAGGCCUUCACCCACUGCUCCACUUUCAUCUUGCAUAAAAGGGCACACACUGGCGAGAAACCUUUUGAGUGUAAAGAAUGUGGGAAAGCCUUCAGCAAUCGGGCAGACCUCAUUCGGCACUUUAGCAUCCACACUGGAGAGAAGCCGUAUGAGUGCACGGAGUGUGGGAAGGCCUUCAACCGCAGGUCUGGCCUCACCAGACACCAGCGGAUUCACAGUGGAGAGAAGCCCUAUGAGUGCAUGGAGUGCGGGAAGACCUUCUGCUGGAGCACAAACCUCAUUCGACACUCCAUCAUCCACACUGGAGAGAAGCCCUAUGAGUGCAGUGAGUGUGGAAAGGCCUUCAGUCGCAGCUCGUCCCUCACUCAGCACCAGCGGGUUCAUACUGGCAGAAACCCCAUCAGUGUGACAGAAGUGGGAAGACCCUUUACAAGUGGGCAAACCUCAGUCAACCUUCAAGAACUCCUACUGGGGAAAGACUUUAUGAAUGUAACCACUGAGGAAAAUCUUUUGCCAGAAGAAACAACUUACUCAGAAUCUGAUCAUUCAUACCAAAGAGAAACCCCACAGUUUUCUUCCCUGUGAGAAAAACUAUUGCAGGAUAUUAAUAGUCAUCUAAAGAGUUAUGUUGGAAAUUGCCCCAACCAAGAGCCUUAUUCUGCACCUGAGAAUUCAUCAAGGAGAGACACCCAGUGGUUAUUAUGCACUUUGGGAAACCUUCAGCUCCAUCUUUCUUCUUAGUUUACAUUUCAGUAUUAUCUCAGGAAUGUUUUUAAAAAAACAGAAGGGAGAGACUUAGAAAAUGAACUGCAAAAAAGUUUCUUUCAGACUUCCUUGCCAGACUGUGGCACUUUGUCAUAGAUUCAUUCCUUAGUUAACUUGUAAGAAGUGCAUUUUGUUUCCGUGGUAAAGAACCUAUACUAUGUGUCUUGUGUAUACAUUCAUUGCUAUCCAGUGUAAGGUGAGUUAGGUCUGGAACCUUUCAUCAAACAUCUUUGUUCUAAAACAUUGUCUCUGUUCUUAAGGAGCUUAAUUUUGGUUUGAGCCACUAAAUACCUUUAUAUUUAAGGAGGUAAGAAUUCACAUAUGAACGGUCAUGUUCUUUUGCACCGUUUAAGACUAUUUAGGCUUUGAUUUUUUAAAGACAAACCUGUUUUUCGUAUGUUUUUAACAACCUAACACUCAGAUGUUUUCUGCUCCUGUACUAAUCCUGGUUUACUGAUUUCUUUAAUUAUAUGGUAAGUCUUUUAAUUGGGUAAAGUGAUUCCUCUUUACCCAGUUCAGUUUUCUUAUUUAAAAUGUCAGUCUUCUUAUUUAAAACUGAUUUAGCAUCCUCAUUAUUUUGAAUUUCCAUGUAAAGUUUUGUGUUAAGUUUUUACUAGCAAAAUUACUGACUUUUGAAAGAAAUUGAGUUAAAUUGGCAAAUUAAGAUGUUUAGGGUCAGCAUCUUUGCUGUUUUCGGUUUUUUCCAGUUUAUGAAUGUAUUAUCUCUGUAUAUUUAUUUGCUAUCUCUUGAUUUAUUUCAUUAUUAUUUAAUAAGCUUCAAUAAUAGGUCCUAUACAAUUUUUAUAAGAUUUAUAUAUAGACAUGGGUUUUUUUGUUUGUUUGUUGUUAGUAAUUCUAGAUUGCAUUGAUUUU